AUGUCUCAGGAUACAGAGACUAUCGAUCUCUAUAACCCGUUUGAGAACCGCAGAUUAACGCAUCCAACAACCAAUGUGGACACCUUGAUACAUCUGAUCAAAGGUUCCCUCGGAUCAGGUAUUCUAGCAAUGCCGUUGGCUUUCAAGAACGCUGGUUUGUGGUUCGGGCUAGGAGCAACUUUUGCCAUUGGUGUCAUCUGUACCUACUGUAUACAUAUAUUAGUGAAGUGCGCUCAUCUUUUGUGUCAUCGAGAGCGAAUCCCUUCGUUGAGCUUUUCCGAUGUGGCUGAAAUAGCUUUCCGUACUGGACCCGAUAAAGUUAAGAAAUACUUUCGAAUGGCGAGAUUCAGUAUUGAUCUUUUUCUGGUACUUGAUCUGAUGGGCUGCUGCUCCAUUUAUCUGGUUUUUGUUGCAACCAACGCCAAGCAGGUGGUAGAUCACUACACCCAGAGUGACUAUAAUGUUCGGUAUUACAUUCUACUUUUGUUGGCUCCACUAAUUUGCAUCAACUUAAUCAGAGAACUCAAAUUCCUCACACCGUUUUCGAUUAUUGCCAACAUUCUCAUAGGGAUAGGUGUCGGUAUCAUUAUUUACUAUACAACACGGAAUAUACCUCCAGUUUCCGAACGGCCAGCCAUCGCACCGCUUUAUCGCAUGCCCAUGUUCUUUGGAACAGUUAUUUUCGCUCUGGAAGUGAUCGGCGUUGUCAUGUCACUGGAAAAUAACAUGAAAACUCCACAAAGCUUCAUUGGAUGCCCCGGAGUACUGAGUAUUGGAAUGUCCUUUGUGGUUCUACUAUAUACUAGCGUUGGAUUUCUUGGCUAUCUCAAGUACGGAGAUGAAACGAAGAGCAGCAUUACAUUGAAUUUACCGGUGGAAGACUUUUUGGCUCAAGCGGUGAAAAUUUUGAUCUCGGUGGCAAUCUUUUUCUCAUACUCACUCCAGUUUUACGUACCGAUGGAAAUCAUUUGGAGAAACACUAAGCAUAAUUUCGAAGAACCUAGAGAUGCAGCUGAAUACGCGAUCAGAAUCGGACUUGUGACACUCACUGUAGCAAUCGCCGCCUUCUUGCCCAACAUUGGUCCAUUCGUGACCCUGAUAGGAGCCGUAUGUCUCAGCACCCUGGGCCUUAUGUUUCCAGCCAUUAUUGAACUGGUCACCUACUAUGAACAGCCAGGAUAUGGAAGCUGUUACUGGGUGCUUUGGAAAAACAUUGUGCUAAUUUUGUUCGGUGUAGUUGGUUUCAUUACCGGGACAUACGUUAGUAUAGUAGAGUUUACCCAGCAUUUGGAAGAAGAAAUAUAGUAAAUAAUUUAGACGUUGGGGACGGGUAUAGCGUGAUGGGAUAGUCGAUGCCUAUCACGCAGUCCGCCUGGGUUCGAUUCCCAACCCCGCACAUAGGGUCAGAAAGAUUUUCUGGUCCGAAGAGGCGAAUGACCUAAGAUGUUAAAGCCUCUAUAAUUGAAACAAAAAAAAAAAUUUAGAUGGCUAAAAAGUCGAACCAUUUUUUUACACUCGAUUAUAGAAGUUUUAUCCUUAAAAAUUCUAACCCUAUAUGCGGUGUUGAGAAUCGUGCCCCGGGUGGCCUGCGUGAAAGGCAUCGACUUAACCAUCACGCUAUACUCA